AUGUCUGACGUUGACGACGAGCUUCUUGCUCUCGCAGGCGGGGAUUCUGAUGAUGAAGCCUCUGGCAACGAGAGCAGGGGCGGAUCGCCAUCGCCGCCUCCAGCGAAACGAAGUGGUUCCAAGAAAGGGGCAGGAAAGAAGUCGCGACGAGGAAACGAUGACUCCGAGGAGGAGGGCGAGGCGUCAGCGCCAGGGACGCCAAACUCUCUUGAGUCCGCUCCUAUGGAUGAAUCUGACUCCGAUGACGAACCAUCCCGAGGUCGAGCAGCGGCUGCGGAGGACGACGAUGAUGCCUACCCAAUUGAUGGUCGAUACAAGAGUCAGAAGGAAAAGGCAGAGAUCAUGGCCUUGCCAGAACUCGAACGCGAGCAGCUUAUUGCUGAGCGUAUGACGGACAUAGAGCGUCAGCGACAGAACCGCCUGCUCCGUCAGAUGGUGAGCAACAUGGAGAAUGAGGAGCGCAAGCAGGUCAAAAAGAAGCGCAGUGCUGGAACUGCGGAGCUGGAAGAUGGCGAUCGAAAGGCAUCACGGCCGCGUACAGAGAGUAAGAGGGAGACCGCGAUGGACUCUUUGCGCCAAGCCAAGGCAGAGAAAGCACGCCGACGGGAGGAUCUCGAGAGACGAAAGGAUAAUUACUCUCCACGUAGACGCAACUCUGGGGCAGAGGAUAGUGACGAUGACUAUAAUCGCGGACGCUCCCCAACUCCCGAUGCCGACGAAAAUCGUGAUCAACCGCCAGCUGAGUUACGCGAUUAUGAACGUGUUCGAUUGGGGCGAAACGAGUUUGCUCAGGUCUGCUUCACUCCUGGAUUCGAGCAGGCUAUCACUGGAUGUUAUAUACGUAUUGCUCUUGGACCGCAUCCUGAAAGUGGCAUUGAGCAGUAUCGCAUGGCCGCCAUCAAAGGCUUCACGACCAGUCGUCCAUAUGCUCUUCAGGGACCCAAUGGCGCGUUCGUCACAGAUCAGUAUGUCAAGGCGGCGCAUGGUAAGGCAAUCAAGGAGUUUCCUUUCAUCGCUGCCUCAAGCGGAAAGUUCACAGAGAACGAGCUCAAUCGAUACAAGGUCACAUGCCAUAAUGAGGGCGUGACACUCCCAAGCAAGGCUUACCUGAUGGACAAAAUUGAUGAGAUCAACGGCUUGAUUAAUCAUUCAUGGACCACAGAGGAAAUCAAGGCUCGACUUGCUCGGAUAAAAGAGCUGAAAAGGCGAUUUGACCCCGCCGAGCGAGAACGCAUGGCCCACUUACUUGAGGAAGCAAGACAACGUGGCGAGCACGACAAGGCCGAAGAGUUACAGGAGGAGCUCGACAAUCUUGGUUCACAACGCUUAGCAUUCAGGACGAGUCUGGGCGCCUCGAAGCACAACGAAGUACCCAAGGCCCAAACUGAGCAAGAUCGACUGGCUGAGCGUAACAAAGAGAACCGGCGACUGAACGCGGAAGCUGUACGAAAGGCUCAGUUGAAGGAGAGAGCGAAGUCAAAGGAGAUAGAGGCAGCCCUCAAACGUGGUGAAACCUACCAGGGUGAUAUGUCGAGACGACUUAGGACCAAAGCCAAGUUCGUUUAUGACGCUAACGAGAAAGUGGAACAAAAGCCAGCGGCCAACGGCAGCGGGACCAACACUCCUGGGACUAGCACACCGAAGGCGGACGGCAAAUGUCAACUACUACCUCAUCUUGCAAAGCUGCAGGAGGAGAAACACAAGGAGAAGGGUAUCCCUACUAUACAUAAGCCGUUGAUGGACGACGAUGUAAUUGGGUCACUAGACCUGGAUAUUGACGUUGAAAUUUGA